AUGUCUAGAUACGCCGAAGCCUUCCAGACCCCCAAGGGACCAGGCGACGCUCGCCCAACAGCCCUCCAAAUCGUCCAAGAUGAAGGCCUCAUUGGCAAACUCACCGGCAAGACCAUCCUCGUCACCGGCGCAAACCAGGGCAUCGGCCUCGAAACCGCUCGCGCGCUCUAUCAAACCGGCGCCACCGUCUACCUCGGCGUCCGCAGCCGCGAAAAGGGCGAGAAGGCAAUCGCAGAUAUCACCGCCUCCACCAAGAGCGAGACGCCCGGGUCUCUAGACUUCGUGGAAAUGUCCCUCGACGACCUCUCCUCGGUCCGCAAAGGCGCCCAGGACUUCCUGUUCAAGAGCGACGGCAAGCUCAACAUCCUCGUCAACAACGCAGGCAUCAUGGCCCAGACAAAGACUAUAACUAAAGACGGCUUCGAAUCGCAAUUCGCCACGAACCACCUGGGCCACUUCCUCCUCUUCCAACUUCUGAAGCCCGCCCUCCUCGCGUCCGCGACGCCGGACUUUUCUUCCCGCGUCGUGGUCGUCUCGUCCAUGGCCCACCGCGCCAGCGAUAUUCGCUUCGAGGAUAUCAACUUUGAUGAGGAAGGAUCGUAUGAGCCGUACACGGCGUACGGUCAAUCCAAGACGGCCAACAUUUACUUCUCCAACGAGAUUGAGCGGCGGUACGGGGCCUCGCGGAACUUGCACUCCACCUCACUCCACCCAGGCGCCAUCCUGACGAGCAUGGCUGCGUCGCAGAACGUCGACGUGGACGCGAUCAAGGCCAGUAUGGGAGAGGAGACGUUCAACAAGCUAAUGAGCACGCUCAAGAACCCGGAGCAAGGGGCCGCUACCAGCGUCUACGCCGCCGUGAGCAAAGAGUGGGAGGGCAAGGGCGGGAAAUACCUCAACGACUGCGCCGAGGCCGGACCUGGUGUCGGUGGCUUCACGCCUGCGACGACGGAUCCUGGGUAUGCUUCGUGGGCGUACGAUGAGGAGAAAGCUGCGCGGUUGUGGAGGGAGUCGUGCAAGAUGGUUGGAGUUGAGGAUGAUGCUUAG